GCAGCUGAACUGGAGUUUGUUCAGAUAAUAAUAAUCCUGCUGGUGAUGACCUUCAUGAUAGUUGUGAUCAUCUGCCUACUCAACCACUAUCGGCUGCCGGCCCUGGCCUUCCUCAGCAGGCUCAGCCAUACCCAGAGAGACCAGGCCACACAACUGGAUGGCAGUGAGUGGCCAGACAGUGUGCUGACACAGCAGAGAAACAGUGAGCUGAUGUGUGGCCAUCUAAACAGCAACCUGCCACCCUUCAUGCAGCAGCGCCAACUGUGUCGCUUCCAGCCCACCUACCCCUACCUGCAGCAGGAGAUCAUCAACCUUCCUCCCAUCAUCUGCCUGUCAGACGGGGAGGAGCUACUGCCCUACAAGGGUCCCUGCACCUUACAGCUCCGCCACCCAGAGCAGCAGCUCGAGCUGAUCCGAGCUGCCGUGCGCGCUCCUCCAAACCGGACCGUCUUUGAUAGUGACCUCAUAGACAUUUAUAUACAUAGCAAGAGUCUGCAGCCCUGCAGCAGUAACUCAGGACCCAACGGAACCAACAAUGCCAGGAUGGAGGGUCCCCCACCCUCCUACAGUGAGGUGAUGGGGGGUUCUACAGGCUGUUACAGCAAUAAUGACAGGUCAGGACCAGAGAGCUCACAGACAGUAUGCCAGACUGGCAGCAGUGAAAGCACAAUAAAGGCCUCCACUGACUUAAACAAGAACAGCUGACAGAAGAAACCAUUCUGAGCAAGGAAAGAGGAGCACUGUGGUCCUUACGCUCCACAUUUCUUCAGUGGGGGGGAGAAACACAAACUAAUCCCAGGGGCUGAACUGUUUUUAUGUAAGAUUAAAGCUGCACAUUUUUAUUAGGUACUAAAUCUCUGCUCUGGGUGUUUUUGUAUGCUUUCAUUACUGCAUACUGACAUGGUGGACAUUCAGACUUCAGUACAGUUAUUUGAAAGUAAGCGUUUCUCCGUGUUGAUUUACUAGACCUGUGCACAAACAGGAAAAGAUGAGUGCCACGAUUAACACCGUCAUUAGUCACUGGAACGUACUGUAGUUUGUCAUUAAAGCAAAUCUGAAGUUGCACUGACUAAUGCUGCAUUCACAUGGGUUGAGACAGACGGUAUCAAUAUGGUAAUACGGUAAUAAUAUGCACAAUCAUUUUAUUUAAUAUAUUUAUUUGAUUCUUUGUGAACAAUAUGACAUCACCAUAGCAACAUACUGUCAUGCGUGUUUUUGCCGUUCUGUUGGACUGAAUUUUUUCCGUGCUGUGAGGAGAGUGCUGUCCACCGUCAGCCUGAAUGCAUGUGAAGUCAGCAGAAAUAAUAUUCCUUGUUUUUGUUUUCUGCGACAAAACUCUGCUCUGGUUUUAAGGACUAUUACAGGUUGUCUGCUUGACAUUGCUGAGAAAAUGGUCCAUCCAGUCUUUGUUUGGAUGUCACCAUCUUAAGCACUUUAAGCUUUUGUUCAAGCAAAAGACAGAAUUAUGGGAAGAUUUGUGUUCAUCUUUGAGUCAUGCAUAGCAAUACCAUAUUGUCUCAUC